AUGGCUCUUAAGGAUUUUUAUUCGGCUCAUGAAAACCACAAAACCAGGUUGGUCCUCCAUGUUAGAGAUUCCAGGGAACAGGUUAUCGAUGCUGCAGCUGUUGAUGUGGAGGUGGAUGCAAUAGUUGGUCCACAAAAAUCAGCACAAGCCAAUUUUGUGAUGGAUCUAGGAGAUAGAGCUCAUGUGCCUGUCAUUUCUUUCUCUGCAACAAGUCCUUCUGUGCUUUCCCGAACUCAAUACUUUGUCCAAACAGCUCUUAGCGAUGACACUCAAGUUGGAGCCAUUGCUGCCAUCGUUGAGGCCUUCCUGUGGAGGGAAGUUGUCAUUAUAAACGAGGACACUGAUUAUGGGAACGGUGUAAUUCCAUAUCUGUCGAACGCAUUAAAAGAAACCGCGCGAAUUUCCUAUAGAAGCAUCAUUCCUCUUUCAGCGAGCGAUGAUUUUAUUGAGAAAGAAUUGUACAAGAUGAUGACAAUACAAACGAGGGUAUUUGUGGUGCACAUGUCGCAUUUUCUUGGCACUCGCCUAUUCCUAAAAGCCAAGGAAAUAGGAAUGUUGAGCGAGGGCUAUGUGUGGAUCAUCACCAAUGGGUUAAUGGACCUACUCUCUAUGGAUUCCAAUGUCAUAGAAGCAAUGCAAGGUGUCUUGGGGGUCAAACCUCAUGUUCCCCAAUCCAAACGACUUGAUUUCUUUCAAAAUAAUCCUAAUUCUACGAUCAAACAAGACGAGUCAAGCAUUUUUGGGCUAUGGUCAGAUGACACUAUGUGGGCACUAGCUAUGGCAGCAGAGAAAGUUGGAUUGGAGACACCAAUCAACAACAUAGAGAACAUUAGCACAAUGAAUUCGAUAAACCUAUUUAAUUUUAGAAUCUCUCAAACAGGUCCUAAACUUCUUGAGGCAAUGUUGGGGACAACAUUUGAAGGACUAAGUGGUAAAUUCUCUCUUCUUAAUGGUCAACUAAACCCAUCACCAUUCCAAAUACUAAAUGUAGUGGGAAAUCAAGGUAGAGAGGUAGCGAUAUGGAGACAAUCCUAUGGUAUUUCAAAGAAACUUAAUGAAAAUGCGACAAAAAAUUGUUUCUCAUGUCCAAAGGAAAACUUUCACACAAUUAUAUGGCCAGGAGGGUCAACAAAUGUACCGGUGAGUGGUAAGAAGCUAAGAAUUGCAGUGCCGAUGAGCGGAUUUAAUCAAUUUGUGAAGAUGGAAAUUGUUAGGUCUGUAAUUUCAGCAUUGCCUUAUGCUGUGCGAUAUGAGUUUGUUCCAUUUAAGAUUGUUGAUGGCUCGAGCUCUUUGAGUUACAAUGAUAUGGUGUAUCAAGUUUCCCUCAAGGAGUUUGAAUCUUAA